AUGGCGGCCGGUCAGCCGUUGAACAGCCAUCCGCACCAGACCGAACUACAAGACAGCGAAAAGGACCACGACGUCGAGCUGCAUGAUACCGGGAGCGACAACUUUGUGCCCAUCGCCGAGGUGGCCGGCGACGAAGAAGACGGCAUCGAUCACUGCCGCGAGAAAGAACUCACCAAGACACCGACCCACGGCAGCAAUGUCGGCGCGCUGGCAUCGCGGACGCUGUCGCUCGUGCGGACGCGCGAGUCCGGCAAGGAUAUCGGGCCUCCUCCCGAUGGCGGGUUCAAGGCAUGGUCGCAGGUCGCCCUCGGCCAUUUUGUCAUCUUCAACACAUGGGGCUACAUCAACAGCUUUGGCGUGUUCCAGAGCUACUACACGGAGAGUCUGGGGCGGCCGCCGUCCGACAUCUCCUGGGUGGGGAGUAUCCAGAUCUUCCUGCUCUUCUUCAUCGGGACGUUCUCCGGCCGCGCCACCGACGCCGGCUACUUCAAGGCGGUGCUGACGGCCGGCGCGGUGCUGGAGCUGUUCUGCAUCUUCAUGACGUCGCUGAGCACGCAGUACUGGCAGCUGUUCCUCGCGCAGGGCAUCGGCCAGGGCCUGGGCUGCGGGCUGAUGUUCUGUCCGACCAUCGCGCUGAUCCCGACGUACUUCACCAAGAAGCGCGCCAUCGCCAUGGGCAUCGUGGCGUCGGGGUCUGCAACCGGUGGGCUCGUCUUCCCGGCCGUGGUCAUGCGCCUGCUGCCGCGCGUGGGCUACGGCUGGACGAUGCGCACGCUGGGCUUCAUCUCGCUCGGCACGCUCAUACCGUGUCUGCUGUUCCUGAAGCAGCGGCUGCCGCCGCGGCGGAGCGGCCCGCUGCUCGAGCUGUCCGCGUUCAAGGAGCUGCCGUACGUGUGCUUUGCGACGGGCAUGUUCCUUAAUUUCUGGGGCAUCUAUGUCAGCUUCUUCUACAUCGGCAGCUUCGGCCGCGACGUCAUCGGCGUCUCGCAGUCCACCUCGAUCGAUGUGCUGCUGGUCAUGAACGGCGUCGGGCUCGUCGGCCGCCUGAUCCCCAAUCUCAUGGCGGAUUUGUACACGGGCCCGCUGAACAUGCUCAUCCCGUUUAGUCUGUGCACCGGCGUCGUGGCGUACUGCUGGACGGCGGUACACGAUCUGCAGGGGCUGUAUAUCUUCAGUGCGUUGUACGGCCUAUUUGCGGCGGGGAUUCAGUCCCUGUUCCCGGCUACGCUGAGCACGCUCACGACGGACCUGAAGAAAACUGGCGUGCGCAUGGGCAUGGUGCUGAGCGUCGUGGCUGUCGCCGCGCUCAUCGGGUCGCCCAUUGCCGGGGCACUAAUUCAGCGCGAUAAUGGCGAAUAUCUGUAUGCGCAGAUGUUCAUGGGGAGUGCGGUGCUUGCGGGGACUAUCACAUUGAUAGGGGCUCGUUUGGCCAAGUUGGGCCAGGUAGAUAACGAUAGUAAUGAAUGCAUAAUCGUCACGAUGAACAAGGCGUCCCGCCGACGCAUCACCCCGCUCUACCCCUCCACCCCUCCACCGUCCACUGUCAACACCCUCAGUCCUCUCCAACCCCCAAUCCAGUUCCCUCGAUACAGCUUCACCAUGGCGCCCCGUGGCCGCGGAAAGUUCUCCAAGCCCAGCCGAGGAGGCGGAAAACACUUCAGUCGCGAUGUCCAACCCGUCGACAAAGACGGCAACGCCGUCUCCCUCUGGCGCGAACCCGACGAUGACAUGCCCACCUCCUCCGGCGACGACGAGCCCUCCGCGCAAUCCUCCUCCGAAGAGGAAGAUUCCGAAGACGAGCUCUCCAAGCCCGGGCCGAGCAGCGCUGCUGCCGCCGCCCCAGAAGCCGCAGAAAUGACCCGCGAAGAACGCCGCGCCGCCGCAAAGGCCAAGAAACUCGCCGCCAUCGCCAAACGCAACCAAGUGCAGCCGGGCGACCUCCCGCCCUCGGACUCGGACGACUCCCCUGCCGGCGCUGGCGACGAUGACGACGACGAGCUCCCCGCCAACCCGAACCACACGGCCAAGUCGCGGUCGCAGCUGAGCGCUGACGCGGCCGAGGCGCCGCUCCCGGCGGCGGCGGCGGCGGCGGCGAACGGGCACGAGCUGUCGCGGCGGGAGCGCGAGGCGAUCGAGGCGCAGCAGGCGCGCGAGCGGUACAUGAAGCUGCAUGCGGAGGGGAAGACGGAGGAGGCGCGGGCGGAUCUGGCACGGUUGGCGGUGAUCCGGGAGCAGCGCGAGGCGGAGCGGGCGCGCAAGGAGGCGGAGAAGGAGGAGAAGGCGGAGUUGGCGAAGCAGCGGGCGGCGGAGUUGCAGGCGAAGCUGGCGAAUAAGGGCGGGAAGAAGAAGGGGGCGCCGAAGAAGAAAUGA